CAACGGGCUAGGAUUCCUUAGGCAAGUCAGGCUCCAGGCUUUUUCAUCAAGGCACCAGUCGCUCGAACCGCAACCGGCGUUUAGCAGCUCGCAGAUCUGCGGAUCUUGCGACUGUUUAGGAGCAGUUUCCUCUGCUCUGCUCAACGCGAUUGGCGCCGUUUUUAUGUUUGUUGUUAUUGGCUGGAACGCUGCUGUCCGAUAAUACACCAUGAGAGGUCUAGGGUCAGUGGCGAGGUUGCUAGCAAGGCAAGCAGCUCGAGGGUCCGGCAGAUCCGCCAAGGAGCUUUGUGCCAUUGUGACCCGAAGUGAAGCUGUCGCCGUCUUGACCAGCCGACGCGGACUCACCACGCUUGGAGGAUGCUCGAGAGGCCCGUUCGCGUACAACAGCAACAGAGCCGCCUUGGCCAUGGCUGAGUGCGUGGCGUUUCGUGCGCUGGACCGUGUGCGCUUCAUGGCUGCUGACGCAGGGUUGCCAUCAGCUGUGCUGGUGCCCACAAUGGGCGAGUCAAUAAAGGACGGAUCCAUAGCCACCGUUCUUAAAGCUGCGGGCGACUCAGUGGAGGAGGACGAGGUCAUAGCGCAGAUCGAGACAGACAAGGUCACCAUCGACGUGCGCAGCCCUCGAGCAGGAGUCGUCCAGAAGAUCGAGGUGAAGGUGGGGGACACCGUCACGCCCGGCACCACCGUCGCCUUCGUUGCUUCCUCCUCCACUGCGCCAGCAGCCACGCCAGCAGGAGCAGGAGUGCACGCGCCAUCAGCAGCAGCGACGGUUGUGGGGCCGAUAGCAGACGAGGAGGGGGGAGGGGAUGGGGAGGGAGUGGACGAGUACAGUUUGAUUCACGGGGACGAUACGGUGGAGGUGGUGGUGCCGUCCAUGGGGGAAUCCGUGAACGAUGGGGUGCUGGCUGCGCUUCUCAAGAGUGUGGGCGACAGUGUGCGCGUGGAUGAAGUGAUCGGGCAGGUGGAAACAGACAAGGUGACCAUAGACGUGCGCAGUCCUGACGAGGGCGUGGUGGAGCGGGUGAACGUGCAGCUCGGCGACACCGUCACCCCCGGCACACCCAUCGCCGUCGUGCGCCGGGCCAAGGCGCUCCCCGCAUCCACCACUCUGGCAGACCGCGUGGUGGAGGCUGUUGAGGGCCCCCGCCCCCUGCCUGUCGCCCGUGCUGCUCCCCCGUCCCCUCCUCCUGCUGCCUCCCGGCCCUCUGCUGCUGCUCCUGGUGCCGCGGCUCCUGCUGUGCCCAUCAUCCCCAAGCAGAAGGAGAGGCGGGUGCCCAUGACUCGCCUGAGGCGGCGCGUGGCUCAGCGGCUCAAGGACUCGCAGAACACCUUCGCCAUGCUCACCACCUUCAAUGAGAUCGACAUGACGAACCUCAUCGCCCUGCGCAAUGACUUCAAGGACGCCUUCUAUGAGAAGCACGGCAUCAAGCUGGGCUUCAUGUCCGCCUUCGUCAAGGCGGCGUCCAGCGCCCUGCAGCAGGAGCCGGCAGUGAAUGCUGUGAUUGAUGGUGAUGACAUUGUGUACAGAGACUACAUCGAUGUCAGCAUCGCUGUCGGCACUCCCAAGGGCCUGGUUGUCCCUGUGAUUCGCAAGGUGCAUGAGCUGUCCUUCGUGGACGUGGAGCGCGUGGUGGCAGACCUGGGCAGGAAGGCGCGUGACGGCAGCAUCUCCAUCGAUGACAUGGCGGGCGGCACGUUCACCAUCUCCAAUGGGGGCGUGUAUGGCAGCCUCAUUAGCACGCCCAUCAUCAACCCGCCGCAGUCCGCCAUCCUGGGCAUGCACGCCAUCCAGCAGCGCCCGGUGGUCGUAGGCAAGGAGAUUGUCGCCCGUCCGAUGAUGUACGUGGCGCUCACAUACGAUCACCGCCUCAUCGACGGCAGAGAGGCCGUGCUCUUCCUGCGGCGCAUCAAGGACAUUGUGGAGGACCCCCGGCGCAUCCUGCUGGACAUCUGAGGCGCUUCGGCUGUGUGAUGCGUUAGUGGGGGUCGAGGGUGUGGCACACCUCAUCAGCGCUCAUUUACGGCAGACAGGCUGUGCUGUUCCUCGGGCGGAACAAGGACAUUGUGGAGGACCCCCGGUGCAUUCGCCUGGACAUCUGUGCUUCUGCGCUCCGUGGUGCGCUCUGGCAUGCACUCGUGCAUGCUGGCCGGCGUGGUGCGGGGCAGCAUGUGUGACAGCGUUAUUCUCUGCGAUCCAUCCAUCCAUUCGUCCACCACAUUCCACUCUCCAUCUUCCCGCGGUGUCAUGACUUGUUCUUUAAGAACCAUCACCAUCAUCAUCCGCUUGCCAUCCAUCAUCACUCCACUCCACCAUCCAUCAACUACCACCGAGCCACCGCCAAUUUUCACUGCCGGAUAGGCCGCCAUCAUCGCGCUCAUCUCAUCACUAUGCCAACUCUCCUCUCUUCAGCCGCCCUCGGUCUGCCUUUGACUCGUCUCAUGCAUCCGCCUGUUGUAGUGUGAAAAGACAGCAUAUUACUAGGGGCUUAUUCGCAUCCAAUCCUAUCCAAUGCCAUUGUUGUAGGGUAGAGCAUUAGCUAUUCAUUCAUCUGCAACCUGGAUAUUAUUCGUUCAGCCUUGCUGACCCGUUGCCCAGUCUACUUAGUCCCCUGGUUUGAUAUGCAUAGCAGGCGCCACUGCUUGAUGUAGUCAUCACCCCCA